AUGGAAGAGGAAAACCAAGACAGCAACACCACAAGGAAGGGCGCAAGAAAAUUUCAGCGUAGGCGAGAUAGAAAUAAACCAAGUGCUAACCUGUUACACAUUCUUAAACAAUCUCGUGAAGCCGCUGGUCUGCCGUUAAAUCCGAUUGCAGCAGACACACUUCGAUCUGAUGGUGAUGAUGAGGUAAAGAAAGAAAGAGAAGCCCCUUUUGUCAUUAACGAAAGUCCCUUGCAAGAAGCCAUAUCAUAUUCACCACACAAUGACGGACCAGGCUAUGUUCAAGAUACGCCAUAUCAUGCACAAGACCAAGUGUAUGUUGAGCAUGAUUGCAACGAACACAACAGUUAUCAGGGGUCAUGGCAUGAUAAUAAAUCUCUAAUCGAAUGUAAUUCAUAUAUGUUGGCGCAAGAGAUUGGCUGUGACGUCACAUUAAUCGUUGGUGAGAUCCAGGAGUCGAUACAGGCACAUUCAUUCGUUCUCAGUUCACGCAGUGCAAAGUUUGCAGAUAUUUUGGCGGUCGAAAAACACAACGCAAGCAAACUGGUUGUCAUUCCAGAUGCAAGACCAGAUAUUUUCAGACUACUACUGAGGUAUGGUAUAGGGUGCACUCGGAGAAUUUCAGGUAGAGAUCGACAAACGACAUAUCUUUACACCGAUUACAUAGAGCUUUCAGUAGACCGAGCAGCAGCUCUUAUACCAGUUACGUCUGUGUAUGGACCAACGUCUCUGAAGACGGCCUGUUUCAAUUUCUUGUUGUCUGAAAUGAACGCCGAUAACGUUUGCGUCACUUUGGAGCAUGCGCAUACAUUCAAUGAAAGAGGCACGUACGACCGUUGCAUGCAUUUUAUAUUCGUUAAUGCUGUAGAUGUGUUGAAGUCUCCAAACUUUGAAAAGUUAUGUCGAGAGUGUGUAGAAAAUAUUGUUAAAUCUGAUGAUCUAAAUGCUAAGGAAUUUCUUGUUUUUGAAGCAAUCACAUUUUGGGCAAGACGUAAAUGUUCGCAAAAGCGCCUCCAACCAACGGAUGUAAACAUACGAAAAAUUCUUGAUAAGUUAAUUUUUCAUGUACGAUUUGCAACCAUGGAUGUGCUUGAAUUCACCCAGAAAAUUUCACACAGUGAAAUAUUAGAUCGGGAAGAAAAAAUUUCAUUGUAUCAGUUUUUCCACGGUGAAAUUCACAAAUUACCUCCUCAGUUUAAUAAAAGUAACAGACGUGUAUAUGUCGUCAACCAUGAUCUUGUUACGAGGGCUUUAGGCAAAAGUGAAAUAAGGGAAUAUUUACCAGACAUUCUGCCGAAAGCCGGAUUUCCGGUGAUACCUUACAAGCACACUGAAAAAUAUGAAGCAAACCUUCCGAUAAAAAAGGUGAUACGAUUUCAAGGAGUUAAUAAAAACUGGCAUAUUACAGGUCCAGAUGCCAUUGGGUUUCGCGUGUCUACGCCAGUCUGUGUACGCGGAGUUCAAAUGUUCGGCCCCUCCGUUUGUCAAGAAACAGUCCAUGUCGAUGUAGUCAUUUACGAUUGUCAUGGGGAUAUUGUGUGCCGCGAGGAGAAGACAAUUAUAUCAGAGAAGUCAAUAAAAGUCUAUGACGUCAUUUUGACUUCACCGGUACAUGUACCUGCGGGUCGGACUUUCACACUGCAGUUAACAAUUCGAGGAAAACCAACAUAUGUAUAUUAUGGAAUAAAUGGACUUGACUUUGUAAAAAAAGACGGUGUCAAUUUUCAGUUCUUUAAAAGUAACAAAAGUUUGAACGGUACGGAUAUCACAAUCGGUCAGAUCCCAACAAUUCUGUUCUGUAAAUUAGAAAACCCGGUGUGAAUGUGAUAAAACUGAUUGAUAUGACUAAAUGUCACAGUGCUGCGAUUGCCAUCUUGCCAGGAUCAUUACCGGAUUACU